AUGGGGUAUCUCGGACAAAAGCCUUUGCCGGAGCAGGUUAUAGCGGGUACCGCAGUGGCGGCUGUGGGGGAUGGGGAGGUAGGCGGGAGUGCGCAAGGGGAAAAAGGGGAGGUUGUGGCGGAAGGGGGAGGAUUAGCGGAUGUGGGUACAGGGGAAAGGGGGGAGAGAGACGAGCGGAAGGGCGGGGAAGGGGGCGAGGGAAGGAGCAAUGAAGGAGGAGGAGAAGGCGAAAGAAGUGAAACGGAGGUUGUUGGAGAGAGCAAGGGGGAUGGCGCUGGUGAUGGCGCUGGUGAUGGCGCUGGUGAUGACAGCAGCGAGUCGCACUGGGUGUGGAGCUUCCUGUGCGCUGCUGCGGAGGCACAGGCGCUGGGGCGGGUAUUUGUGGUGCCGGACACGUGGUGCUCUGGGCAAAGGCACAGCGCCAGUGGGCAGGACGAGGAGCGGCCGUUCCAGUUGUACUAUCACACAGAGCACUGGGCGAGCAUCCAGCCCAUCAUCUUCGCCUCGGACUUCCUGCACCGCCUGGGGGCCCCCCUCGCCGCCACUGCUGCCGAGAGGCACAAGCUCUCCUCGCUCCUCCGCCUCGUAGGCAUGUCAACCUACCUCCUACAGAAACAGCAGCAGCAGCAGCAGCAGAAGGAGACGGAAGAGGAGAAGGAGGAGGAGAAUGGGAGCGCAACGGUGGGGAGGGAGGGUGGGCUAGGUCCACCUGGCCAAAUAACUGUGGUGCAGUUUGGUCUCUUCACUCCUGUCAGCCGGGUGCAGCGCGAGGGUACCAACGCAACGGUGUUGGUGCGUCUGUUGGAGCCAUACCAGUUUGCGUAUCAGCUCUGCUCCACGCAGGUCCCAUAUAACAUGGCCCAUCUGGUGCGCAACUACAAGCUGAUCGUGCGGCAGCGCAUGCUGCGCAAGGUGGCGAACAAGGUGUGUGCGGCCAUGGGGUGGAACUUUGAUGCCGUGCACGUGCGCAGAGGAGACAAGCUCAACCCCACCUUCUGGCCGCACCUUGACCAUGACACACGGCCGCCGGCCUUGUUGAAAAAGCUCCCCAAGUUCAUAAAGCCGGGGCGCCAUGUGUACAUAGCAUCGAACGAGCGCACGCCGGGCUUCUUCUCCCCGCUCGCCUCGCUCUACAAAAUCCACGUGCUCUCCGACUACCGCCACCUCUGGGCGCCGGGGAGUGACUGGUACAACGAAUGCCGCGAGCUCAUGCAGCAACUCAAGAUGAAUGAGACGGAGCCGGUCUUUGACACACACAUGCAGGUUGGCUCUCCUAUCUUCCCUCCGCCUAUCACCGGCUUUCUUCUCCUCAAUUCCUGGAUUCUCGUCCUUGACCUCUUCACCACUCCCGGCUGGGUUCCUGUCUAUCCUGGUUGGAACGCCACGCUUUGCUACCCCACAUGCAAGAAGGCUGCGGCGUUUUUGCCUAAUCCUCUUAACCUUCUCGUGACUCACUCACAGGCUACCAGCGCACGCCGAAGUCAGAUCCACGUUUUUCUCCGAAUAACUCCCGUUUUUUAUGUUGUCUCCGGCCAUGCCUCUUUCCCCGACUCGGAAUGCCGAUCUGGCGUCCAGUCAUGGUUACCUGGUUGCCGAGGCCAUUGCCAAAGCACCACAAUUCGCUCCCAUUGGCCCACUGGCUAUUCCUCUCCCUCCUCGCGCCCGGUCAUUCUGCCGAGCCGCGAGUACUCUCAUCCUUCAGUGAACUUAGCUCCGCUCCUCUAUCGAGCCUCCCAGCGCUGUUGGACCUGGUAUAAACGCCGCCGAACCCUUUCGGUUUCCUCGCCCUUCGCCACCAUGGCCUCCGCUCAUAACCCUGACAUGGAUAUGACCGAAGAGCAGCUUCCCUCAGGAGAGAUCGACACGACUGAACUCGACGAUUACAUCGUCGACGACCUCCCUGACGGAGCUCUGCCGGAGCUUCCUGCUGAGCCCGCUGCCAAGAAGCUAUGUGGUGAAGGGAUGUCCUCGGACAAACCUUCGACCUCCUUCCCUUCCGUUCCCCCGUCCGCGCCCCCGCCUAUGGCGCGUACGAGCUCUUCUGGGAGUUCAGCCGCUACGGCCCCCUCGUCGUCCCGUCCGAAGCCUCCCCCGAGGCCGCGGUCUGCUCCGGCCUCCCAACCUCAGCCUCCGGCCCAGGAGGCGGUGGCUGAUCCGGCUCCUUCCGGCUCCUCUAGCCUGUCCGCUACGGCGCGUUACCGCAACCUGCGCCUCCACCGCCCUUCAGUCGGGGCAGAACUCCGGUCCCUGACAUGUGACACCCAGUCGCUGGUCACCAUCAUGUUCCCGGAGUGCUCGGAAGAAAUCCGCGAGAGCAUCCUCGCCCGCAUCGCUGCGCUCCUCACAGGGCCGGCAGCUUUCAAUGGUGUCGUUCCGCAAUUCGAUGCGGCCGCUGGCGAUCCGCUGCGCCUGCCACGCAAAACCUACUUCAGGCACAUCUACUCGUGGCCCUCCGCGAAUGAUGCUCGCAUCUUCCGCGGUCUCUUCUCGCAGACGGUGCGUUUGGCCAACAGCCGCCCGAUCGAGGUCAAGACCUACACUGACCCCUUCCCGGACUUCACUGCCGCAAAAGCACGAGGUGACACGCACUUGGUGGUGCGGAACGUGCCGCUUGGCGUAUCUCCGGAACGCCUGCGCGAAACCCUGAUCACCGCUCGUUCCGAAGCGGAACUACCGUGGCUUGCGGACAUUCUUCACAUCCACAGGCUCAAGGAUCCCUAUGAUGGCUCGGCCUACUCUCAAGUGCUCGGCCUUCCUGUUGCUGCUGAAGGCGACCCGAGUUUCGAUCGCAUCUCCGCGGUGCUGUGGUUUCCGAACCAGGUGGACCCGGGCCUGCUGAACAUUUCCUGUCACUCGUGCUCGGUGUGUUCCAGUAACCAACGUGUCGCGGACCACGCUGUCUUCGCGCUCACCCGCCGGAACCGGGUCCCCAACAAGUUCACCAUUUCGGUGUCAAACCUGCAAGCGGUCAACGGAAAGCUCCUCGGUCAUCAGGCUGCGGCCACAGCCUUCAAGAAGGACCCGGGUCUUUUGCUCAUCGGCCUGGACCUCGACGUCGAGAUCUGGACUUGCUCUAUGUGCGAGUUCGAAUGUGGGCUGGCUUUGGACAGCGCCCUGUUUCACAUGGGCUCCGAUCAGCAUCGGGCCCGCCUGCAGGAAUCUGCCCACCUGGCUGCGGUCAAGGACAAGUAUGGGGCCUGGAAGGCAGAUACGCUGGUGCAGCACCCCCGUAUCCUGGCCUUCCUGCAGUAG